UUUUAAUACUUAGGGGUGUUUUGGAACUAAGGGGGUGUUUGGAACUGACUCUGCUUCUGCUUCUUUUUUAAAAGCAGAAGCAGAAUCAGAAUCAGUUUUCAGAAGCUGGUACCCCCCAGCUUCUAAAAAAACUGAUUCUGAGAGUAAAUUAGAGCACCAGUAGUGUUUCUGGAAUUUCACCCAAACACUCCAGCUUCUGCUUCUGCUCCCUGAAGGAGCAGAAUCAGUUUUGAGAAUCAGAUCCAAACACCCCCUAAUUCUGCUUCUUCUUAUUUUUCAAAGUAGAAGCAGAAUCAGAAUCAGUUUUCAGAAGCUGUUCACCCCAGCUUCUAAAAAAAUGAUUCUAGGAUCAAAUUAGAGCACCAGAAUCAGUUCUGCACUUUCACCCAAACACUACAUCUUCUGCUUCUUCUCCCUGAAGGAGUAGAAGCAGUUUUAAGAUUCAGAUCCAAACACCCCCUUAUUUAUCUAUAACAGAAUUGAUACAUAACUACUUUUUUUACUACAAAACCAGUGAGUCAAACAAUAAAGAAUGGGCGAUGAGUCAGUAAACAAAGCUUGUUUGAUGGUUUGCUACUAUUAUUUGACAGAUUAAGUGCCCGGAUUUGUAGUCUGAAAGAAUUAAAGUGAUUCCAUAUCACUUUUGCUAUAUAUUUAAAAGGAUCUUCCACUCUUUGCGACUCUUUCUCUAGCAUUUCAAACACUUGGUGUAGUGUAUGGUGAUGUGGGAACCAGCCCUUUGUAUGUUUUUGCUGAUGUAUUCAGUAAGGUGACCAUAGAUUCAGAAAUUGAUAUCUUGGGGGCAUUGUCGAUAGUGAUAUAUACAAUCGCUCUCAUUCCUCUCAUGAAGUAUGUGUUCAUUGUAUUGAAGGCCAAUGACAAUGGAGAAGGAGGAACAUUUGCUCUGUAUUCGUUGAUCUGCAGGUAUGCAAAUGUUAGCCUUCUCCCAAAUCGCCAGCCAGCUGAUGAGUAUAUCUCCAGUUUUAAGCUCAAAAUUCCCACACCAGAACUACAAAGGGCUUUACAUAUAAAAGACUUACUGGAACGUAAAUCCAGUUUGAAGACCAUGCUCUUGCUUUUGGUUCUCAUGGGAACAUCAAUGAUCAUAGGGGAUGGCAUCUUGACGCCAGCAAUGUCAGUGGUGUCCGCUGUGAGUGGUCUAGAGGGUAAGAUAUCUUGGUUCGGAACAAAUGCUCUUGUUAUUACUUCAGUGGUCAUCCUUGGUGCAUUAUUCAGCAUACAGCGGUUAGGGUCAAGUAAAGUGGGCUUCACAUUCGCUCCUGCCCUAGCAAUCUGGUUCAUAAGUUUGGGAUCUAUUGGAAUGUACAACCUGUUUAAGUAUGAUGUUUCUGUGGUAAGGGCAUUGAAUCCGGCUUAUAUCUAUCUUUUCUUCUCCAAGAAUUCCACCCAGGCAUGGUCAGCUCUCGGUGGCUGUGUUUUAUGCAUCACUGGAGCUGAAGCAAUGUUUGCUGAUUUAGGUCAUUUCUCUGUGAGGUCUAUACAGAUUGCCUUUACUGGCGCGGUCUUCCCCUGCCUUCUCUUAGCAUACUUUGGCCAAGCUGCAUAUCUCAUGAAACAUCCUAAUUCCGCCAGCACAAUAUUCUAUUCCUCUGUGCCUGAUGGGCUUUUCUGGCCAAUUUUUGUGAUAGCCACAGUUGCUGCUAUAAUUGCUAGCCAGGCCAUGAUAUCUGCUUCAUUUUCAUGUGUUAAGCAAGCCAUGGCUCUUGGAUGCUUCCCACGACUGAAGGUCGUACACACCUCAAAGAGGCACAUGGGUCAGAUUUAUAUUCCUGUAGUUAAUUGGUUUUUGAUGAUCAUGUGCAUGGCUGUAGUAGCUGCUUUUAGAAGCACAACAAGCAUAGCGAAUGCAUACGGUAUAGCUGAAGUUGGCGUCAUGUUGGUUAGCACCAUCAUGGUCACACUUGUGAUGCUUUUGAUAUGGAGAACAAAUUUAUACAUAGCUUUAUGCUUCCCUCUGGUAUUUGGCUCAAUAGAGCUUUUGUAUUUGUCUGCUGUCCUAUCAAAAAUCUUGGAAGGUGGCUGGCUUCCACUUGUAUUUGCUACCUUGUUCCUCUCUAUGAUGUAUGUGUGGAACUAUGGAAGCGUGUUGAAGUACCAGGUUGAGGUCAAGCAGAAGAUCUCAAUGGAUUUCUUGUACGAUCUGGGCUCCACACUUGGAACUGUAAGGGUCCCGGGCAUAGGAUUACUCUACAAUGAGCUCGUCCAGGGCAUUCCCUCAGUUUUCAUCCAGUUUCUUCUCGACCUUCCAGCCAUUCACUCGAUCCUAGUCUUUGUUUGCAUAAAAUAUGUGCCUGUGCCUGUUGUUCCUCAGGAAGAGCGGUUCUUGUUCCGAAGAGUGGGCCCCAAUGACUAUCAUAUGUUCCGCUGUGUUGCCAGGUACGGUUACAAAGACGUCAGGAAAGAAAACCAUCAAGCGUUUGAGCAACUUCUGCUGGAUAGCCUUGAGAAGUUUUUGAGGAAAGAGGCCCAAGAGCUUGCCCUCGAGACUGCCAGUCUAACAAACCAGACUGAUGACGUGUCAGUGAAGUCAAGGGAGACCGAGUCUUCUGUAGAAGACAACAACGGGAUGGAGGAUCUCAGGGUUCCAUUGAUGAUGCAGGAUCAUCAUAAUAGAUGGGAAGGAACAGGGAACCCUCUAUUGCCGGCUAGUGUGAUGUCAGGAGAAGAAGAUCCUGGGUUGGAGUACGAGCUGUCGGCUCUACGGGAAGCCACCGAAUCGGGAUUUACCUACCUGCUCGGGCAUGCGGAUGUGAGGGCCAAGAAAAGCUCUUGGUUCAUCAAGAAACUAGCAAUCAAUUAUUUUUACUCAUUUAUGAGGAGCAACUGCAGAGGUGGGGCAGCGACAUUGCGGGUCCCUCACAUGAACAUUAUCCAAGUUGGGAAGACAUACAUGGUUUGAUUUUGGUUCAUCACGGUCUACCUGUGUGUUGUUGUUGUAGUUGUUAUAUCGAUUGGCAACUAGGAUGGCGGUUGUUCUGGUUAUUUCUGAUGGUGCUUUGCAACCUCAUAGCUCAUACUCAUUAGAGGUCAGCAUUGCAUCUUACAGAGGCAGAAUGAAAUGUUUAGUGCCCAACAUUGUAGUAAGGGUAAUUGUAUGCAGUAUCGUGUAAUUGUUGUGAACCUUGUAAACUUUUAUAAUUGAAAUAAAAAUUGGUUCACAGUUAUAAUUGGUACAA